AUGGCAGAGAUACCGUCUGACAUAUUUACGAAUCGUGGAGUCUACCUGACAGCUCUAUUCCUCGUCGCGUUCUUCUCGGCGAGAAACGACUACAUAUCGCUGAACGGGGGCCACCCGAUCAUCCGCUUCGUUAAUAGGCGCGCGUUCGGCUACAGUAUUCAGAUCAAGUUGGACUUUUCAGAGGCUUUGAUCGCAAACAGAUAUAUACCAGGAACUACCGUAUGCUUGGCCCUCGCGAGUAUCUUCUUAUAUAUAAGAUGGCGCGUUAAUGAUGCUCGGCAACUCGAGGCGAAAUCACAGACUCCCGACCUCGGAGCGGGUCGUCGCGCGCGAGAGGAACGUGACGGAAGCAAUACGGAUCGACGUUCCAACACCGCCGCGCCGCCGUACGAGUUGGCGAGUCUAGGGAUCGAAGUCCGCGGAAAUCCCAGGGGGAGCUGGAGCGAAUCGACACGAGUUGGAGAGUCGGGAGAAGGGGAGUCCCUUCGAGCUAGAGCAUCGUGUUAA